ACAGACGGUCACUGGGUUGCUCCGGUUCGAUUUCAGACCCUCAGUGUGUUGUGGUGUCGAUGCUGGGCGGGCAGAGCUCGUUUCGCAGCGGUUGUGCGCUGUGCGUUGGGGCGCACCGGCGGUGUGUUCGCGCGAACUGGUUGCUGCGCGGAAGGAGCUAGCCGAGUGUGAGGCGGUGUUGCGCCGUUUCAGAGCGAGACGGAGCAACGGAAAAAAAAGGGCUGGUGAUCGGCUCGAGGCCUGGCGGGGGGGGGGGCCGCGACACCGAAUACCGCGUGAGGGCCGGGGCGCCGCGACACCGAGCUCGGUACGGGGCCGAGGCGCCGCGACGGUGAGUGCAGCGCGAGGCCGGGGCGCCGCGACACUGAGUACAGCGCGAGGCCGGGGCGCCGCGACACGGAACCGCCAGUAACCGUCGCCCGAGGCCGGGCCGCUAUCGCACUGAGUUCCCCGGCAGGCAACACCAUGAACCCGGCGGUGGAGUUCAUCCCCCCGCCCGAGUGCCCGGUCUUCGAACCCACUCCGGAGGAGUUCGCCGACCCCUUCAGUUUCAUCAGCAAGAUCCGGCCCAUCGCCGAGAAAACUGGCAUCUGCAAAGUCCGUCCGCCACAGAACUGGCAGCCGCCCUUCGCUUGUGAUGUUGAUAAACUGCACUUCACUCCACGAAUUCAGAGACUGAAUGAACUUGAGGCUCAGACCAGAGUAAAACUCAAUUUUCUUGACCAGAUAGCAAAAUUCUGGGAGCUACAGGGCUCAACAUUAAAAAUUCCACAUGUGGAAAGGAAGAUCUUGGAUUUGUUUUUACUCAACAAGCUUGUUGCAGAAGAAGGUGGCUUUGAAAUAGUUUGUAAAGAACGGCGAUGGUCUAAGAUUGCGCACAAAAUGGCAUAUCCACCUGGAAAAGCAUUGGGCUCACUUCUUCGAUCUCACUAUGAGCGUAUUCUGUAUCCAUAUAAUCUCUUUCAGUCUGGAGCCAGUCUUCUGUGUGUCCAGAAACCAAGUCUGAUCAAUGAUGAGAAAGACCAAGAGUACAAGCCACAUGAUAUUGUUCAGCGACAAUCUCUGCACUCUUCAGAAAUGAGCAUGCCAGCCCGACGAGCGAAACGCAUGAGAUCAGAGGUGGGAUGCGUAAAGACAGAGGCGAGUGACAUUAUGGAGGUUCAUGCUCAUGCCUUACGACCUAAAACCAGGAGUGGAUCAAUGAAAUGUGAAAGUGAGAAGUACAAUAUGCAUGGAAUGAAGAAAGAGGGAAGUGAGAAUCGUUCCACUGAUUCAGAGCGUGCCAGGCCACUCAGAAACAACAGGAAUAUGACCACCUCGAAUAUAGUGGACCUGUAUGUUUGCUUGAUCUGUGGACAAGGCAAUGAAGAGGAUCGACUUCUGCUCUGUGAUGGCUGUGAUGACAGUUACCACACCUUCUGCUUAAUUCCACCCCUACAAGAUGUUCCUAAAGGUGAUUGGAGGUGCCCAAAGUGUCUCGCUCAGGAGUGUAGCAAGCCUCAAGAAGCUUUUGGUUUUGAACAAGCUCCUAGGGACUAUACACUUCGUGCAUUUGGAGAAAUGGCAGAUGCCUUUAAAUCAGACUACUUCAAUAUGCCAGUUCAUAUGGUUCCAACUGAACUGGUGGAAAAGGAGUUUUGGCGCUUGGUUAGUACCAUUGAAGAAGAUGUUACUGUAGAAUAUGGAGCUGACAUUGCUUCAAAAGAAUUUGGCAGUGGCUUCCCCAUCAAAAAUGGCAAAAUUAAACUGCGACCUGAUGAACAGGAGUACUUUGAUUCAGGAUGGAACUUAAACAAUAUGCCUGUUCUGGAGCCAUCAGUUUUGACGCAUGUUAGUGCAGAUAUCUGUGGAAUGAAAUUACCAUGGCUCUACGUAGGGAUGUGCUUCUCCUCCUUCUGCUGGCACAUUGAAGAUCACUGGAGCUACUCUAUAAACUACCUGCAUUGGGGAGAACCUAAGACAUGGUAUGGAGCACCAGCAUACGUGGCAGAACAGCUGGAGAAUGUUAUGAAGAGACUGGCGCCUGAGCUGUUUGAAUCCCAGCCUGACCUUCUGCAUCAGCUGGUCACCAUCAUGAACCCUAACACUCUGAUGGCUCACGGAGUGCCAGUCUAUAGAACUAACCAGUGUGCAGGAGAGUUUGUCAUCACAUUCCCCAGAGCCUAUCACAGUGGUUUUAACCAGGGCUUCAACUUUGCUGAAGCUGUGAAUUUCUGCACAAUGGACUGGCUACCAAUGGGCCGACAGUGUGUGGAACAUUAUCGCCUUUUGAAUCGUUACUGUGUUUUCUCUCACGAUGAAAUGAUUUGUAAGAUGGCAUCCAAGUCGACGGAUCUCGAUGUAGCUUUAGCAUCUGCUGUCUAUAAGGAUAUGAUGAUUAUGAUAGAGGAAGAGAAGAAAUUGCGGGAAGCUGUUCGCAAAAUGGGAGUAAUUGAAUCUGUGCGAGAGAACUUCGAGUUAUUGCCUGAUGAUGAGCGACAGUGUGCAAAGUGCAAGACUACAUGUUUCUUGUCUGCAAUCUCGUGCAUUUGUAAAUCCAAUCAAUUGGUUUGUCUGCACCAUGCUAAAGAACUCUGUUCAUGUCCACCACACAGAUGUCAUCUAAGGUAUCGCUAUGCUUUGGAUGAUCUCUAUCCGAUUCUAGGUGCAUUAAAAUUGCAUGUAGCAACGUAUGAUGAAUGGUCUUCCAAAGUGACUGAUGCCCUGGAAGCGAAGGAUAAUGAAAAGAAGAGCCUCUCUGAUUUGAAAUCAAUGGUAGAGGAAGCAGAGAAGAAAAAAUUUCCAGAAAAUGAUUUGUUGAAAAAGCUGAGGGAAGCUAUUGUAGAGGCAGAAAAGUGUGCCUCUGUUGCCCAGCAACUACUUAAUAAUAAACGACAAACCAGAUACCGUUCUGGUGGUGGGAAAUCCCAAAACCGACUGACUGCUGCAGAGCUUCAAGCAUUUGUCAAACAACUGUAUGCUCUACCCUGUGUCAUUGAUCAGGCUCCCUUACUGAAGGACCUUUCACAUUCUGUAGAAGAUUUUCAGCAGCGCUCUGAGAAGGCUGUUUCUGAUGAAAGACCCAAUACUUCUGAGCUACAGCAACUACUGGAUCUCAGUUUUGGAUUUGACAUAGAAUUACCACAGUUGCAGCAUCUUCGAGAACGUUUAGAGCAAGCACGGUGGCUAGAUGAAGUGCAGUUGGCUCAUGCUUCAGCUGAUUCAUUCAGUUUGGAUGAAAUGAGACGGCUGAUUGACUCUGGUGUAGGUUUGGUACCUCAUCAAGCUGUAGAAAGGGCCAUGGCUCAGCUGCAGGAACUCCUCACGGUCUCUGAACAGUUGGAAGAAAAAGUUCACAAUUUGCUGAAGACCAGACUGAAUAUCAAUUUGUGCACAGUCCUUGACUGCAGUUUAACUGUAACUGAGCUCCCACUCCACCUCAAGAUGAUGUAUUGCCUCCUUGGUGCCAGGGUUAAGGAUGUCAUUGGGCAACAACCUCCACACACUCUGACAAACCUGUUGGCUGCAUUGGAAGAAGGGGGAGCUAUUCCUGCAUAUUUGCCUAAUGUCAUUGUUCUGAAGGAAGCUGUACAGAAGGCUCGAAGCUGGCUUGAAGAAGUGGAGAUUUUUCAGAGUUCUGAUGAGCACCCUCCAGUGGAAACGUUGAUAGAACUUGUUACACGUGGCCGUGCAAUCCCAGUACGUUUGGAUCCACUUCCUCAACUUGAGUCCCUUCUUGCAGAUGUUGAGAGCUGGAGAGAAUGUGCAGCUAAAACUUUUCUAAGAAAGAACUCCACCUGCUCCCUUUAUGAGGCACUGUGUCCCAGGUCAGACAUUUGUGCAACUGGAUUCAGAAAGAAAAUGAAGAAAUCAAAAGAAAGUUCACAGAAUGGAAAAGGGAAAGUUCCAAAGCUACAAAGUGUGGCAUCGUUCAAUGAAGCCAGACUAAAGGAAAUGGAGUCAUUCCGCUCCCUCCAAACAGCAAAUUCCAUGAAAUUUCUCUCUGAUGUGGACUGCGUGGAAACAAAGGUCUGUGUUUGUCAGAAGACUGCAACUGGCUCCAUGCUGCAGUGUGAGCUUUGCAAAGACUGGUUCCAUAGCAGCUGUGUCUCAAUGGUGAAUGCUCACCAUGGGGAGCUACCCUGGCUCUGUCCACUUUGUCAGCGAUCAGAAAAACCAUCUUUAGAGCAAAUCCUCCCAUUGCUCACAACAGUACAAAAGAUUCCUGUCAGACUGCCAGAAGGUGAAGCACUAAAUUAUGUUUUUGAACGAGCUGUGAACUGGCAACAUCGGACAGAGCAGCUUCUUAGCAGAGAUGAAUUCCGCUUGGCCCAAAUAACAUCACAAGUAGCAAUCCAGGCAUGGCAAGGAAUGACAAAACAAAUGGCUGCCACUGAACUAGAGAAACGAGUGGCUGAAGGUAACUUGGAGGUGAAUUCUGGCAAUGAGAGUGAGCUUAUUACUGCAGUUUGUAAUACCAAUCCAUUUGAAAAGGAGAAGAUUGUAAGAUACAGACCUCCAUGGCAGACCUGCAUUCCAGCUCAAGGAUUGUGCCUGUCUGAUGAUGUGAGGUCCCAACUUGAUGAGCUGAUCAUGGAGGCUCUUUUACUGCAGGUGUCACUGCCUGAGAUGCAGCACAUUUACCAGAUCUCCUGUGCAGCCCAGUACCCUGUAGUGGAAAGCCACCAGCAGCGAUCUGAACUGCUGAGUUGCAAACCAGUGGAGGUCAUGCAGUGUCUUGCAGAGACCUGUGCUUCUACAGCAGAGGGUGAAGGUUGCUGUUUAAAGCCAAUGAAAGGAGAAGGAAACUGUGAGAAAAAGAAGAGACGGCUUGAAAAAGAUGGUUCAGUGGGUGAAAAGAGAGAAAAAUUGAAAAAACUAAACAAUCCAAAAAAGGGAAAUGUCAAAUUAAACCAGGAAAGAACAAAAAAUUUAAGUUUGGUGAGAAUAGAAGCAGAAAAGUAUUUGGAAUUUCUGCAGCCUCAUGAGGCACUGUCAGUGAUCAUGGAGCCUCCAUACUCUGAGCCAGAGGACUCUGAAGAUGAAGAUGCAAUCUGCCCGGCAGAAAGCUGCCAGCAGCCAGAGGGGGAUGAGGUUGACUGGGUCCAGUGUGAUGGCAGCUGCAACCAGUGGUUCCACCAGAUCUGUGUGGGUGUCUCCUCCGAAACAGCAGAAAAGGAGGACUAUAUCUGCAUCAACUGUACUGUAAAAGACCAGAACAGCAGGAAGCAGAAUGGCCAAGGCUAGCAUUUGGUGGUGUGCUAAUAAAUCACAUCAGUGGAUUUGGUAUCUCUACAACCCACAAAUGGUGCUAUAUCUCUCUACUCAUGGGAUCAUCUACAAGAACUCUCAAACUUUUCCACCUUUGUACUUUCUCAUUCUUGUAAGAACUUUUUGUCUGUGGUUGUGAAAGUGUAUGAUGCUGGCUACACCCAGGGUUUUCUACCCAUUAUGGAGGCAAUUGGCUCUCUUUGAAAAAUGCCAUACCUCAGUUUGAGACUUGCCUGCAUAGAUACCCAAUCCCAUUGGGUGUUGAAGACAUGCAAACACCAAAAAAUCUUUUUUUAAAUGGGGUCCUCUAUUCAGUACAAGUAUCUUAAUCUUAGAGAGAUUCUGACUUGUGUUUUGUAGGUUAGUUUUAUUUAUCUCAGCAAUAACAGGUUUGUGAGUUAAAGGGCCAGAUACAAUUUCUCAAGUUUGGCUGUUGUACAGAAUGCAGGUAUUUAGGCUCCUAGAGGCACAGGAAAAUUGGAUAAUCUGUAAUCUUAACUGCCUAUGCUGUACUUUGGCUUUUUUGGUAGCUUGUAUCUAAUGUUGCAGUCUCCUUUGUGAAAUAAACCUUUGUUUAUGAA